AUAACUUACAGAGGAAACGGAUAGCUCUGAAUUUCUCUCGUUGGGUCCUAUUAGUGACGCAUACACUAUGGGAUUCUCCAUAGAAUUACAAGAACAAAUCAUUUUGGCAAUUCUUUUCACCAUAUUUGUGGUUUCACUUUCAAUCCAUGGUGGAGACAAGAAGAAACGGCAGAGACCAGCACCGCCAGAGGCAGCAGGGGCCAUGCCUUUGCUUGGUCACCUUCAUCUUCUCGGAACAAAUCAGCUGCUACAUAGAAUAUUCGGGGACAUGGCCGAUAAGUACGGACCUGCGUUCUUGGUCCGACUCGGCAGUCACCGGGCACUUGUGGUGAGUAACUGGCAAGUCGCCAAAGAAUGUUUUACAACCAAUGAUAAGAUCUUUUCAACACGUCCAAGAUCCUUAGCCUCAAAACUUAUGGGGUAUGACCAUAAAAUGUUAGGUUUCGCACCUUAUGGACCAUAUUGGCGCAGUUUAAGGAAGCUAGCAACGCUUGAGCUCCUCUCCAGUCGUCGGAUGGAGUUACUUAGGCAUGUUCGGGACACGGAAAUUGAUUGUUUUAUAAAGGAAUUAUACGAGGAAACAGUGAGGAGCGGAGGCAUUGCAGUAGUGGAAGUGAAGGAAAAGAUUGGCAGCUUGGCAACCAACAUCAUAGUACGGAUGAUAGCUGGAAAAAGAUACAGUUGUGGAAGUGAUGAUGAAGAAUCAAAGCGAUGCCAAAAUGCCAUUGCUGAUUUCUUUCAUUUGGUGGGUUUAGUCUUGGUUUCAGAUUGGGUUCCUUUUCUUGGUUGGAUUGAUGUUGUGAUGGGACGCAUAGCCAAAAUAAAGAGGAUAUCACAAGAGUGCGACAUGAUAAUUGGAAGCUGGGUUAAUGAGCAUCGCCGCCAAAGGAAGCUUGGGGAAAACAUCAAAGGGGACCAAGAUUUUAUCCAUGUCAUGUUGUCUAUCUUGGAUGAUAACAAUAUUCCUACUGAAGAGGCAGACACUAUCAUUAAGGGUACUUGCCUGAGUCUUAUCUUGGGUGGCAUUGACGCAAAUGUGGUCGUGUUAACAUGGACAGUGUCGCUUCUGUUGAACAACCGCCAUGUGCUAAAAAGGGCCCAAGAUGAACUUGACAUCCAUGUUGGAAAGCACCGGCAAGUGCAAGAGUCAGAUAUAAAUAACUUGGUAUACUUGCAAGCCAUUAUCAAGGAAACAUUGCGGAUAAAGCCACCGGUGCCUCUAUCGGGACCAAGGGAAGCCAUGGAGGACUGCACAAUAGCUGGUUUCCAUAUUCCGGCGGGCACUCGCCUUUUCCCUAACAUAUGGAAAUUGCAGCGUGAUCCCAGCAUUUGGCAAAAGCCUUUGGAAUUCCUGCCAGAGAGGUUCCUCAAUGAUCAUGCUAAUGUAGAUGUAAGGGGUAAAAACUAUGAGUUUUUACCAUUUGGUUCUGGCAGAAGGAUUUGUCCAGGUAUUACAUUUGCACUUAAAUUCCUGCCCUUAGCAUUGGGUCGGCUGCUUCAUGGAUUCGAACUGGGGACAGUCUCGGACGUAGCAGUCGACAUGAGUGAAAGCCCUGGAUUGACUACUCCUAAAGCUACCCCAUUGGAGGUUACUCUUACCCCACGCUUACCUGCCAUGCUUUAUGGGUAAUUGGGAAUAUAUAUGCCAUAUUGGUUUGCAGUUCAAGUUAGUGAGACAUGUAGGGGUACGUUUUCUGUGGGUCCAGCUCCACAAAAAGUUACUACUAAUCAUAUUACCGAGAAUAAAGAAAGGAACAGAUUUCCUCUGCUCUGUUUAUCUGCCUCUA